GCGGCUCCCGGCGCUGAAAUUCAAAUUUGAACGGCUGCUGGAAGCCGGCUCUGACACUGGAGGCUGAGGGCAAGAGGACAGUAGGUGGGGAGAGUUUCCCUGCUCCGGACUCCUUGUUUUCUCCAAGUGACACACUCAGCCAGCACUCACUUCUUUUCUUUUUCUGAAUUUGAACCACCGUUUCCGUCGUCUCGAAACCGACACGCGAAGCCGGGGGCGAUGGACCCGUUUACGGAGAAACUGCUGGAGCGAACCCGUGCCAGGCGAGAGAAUCUUCAGAAGAAGAUGGCUGAGAGGCCCACGGCAGCAGCAAGGUCUGCGGCUCACGCUAAACGAGCCAGAGAGCCGCUUUCAGAAGCGAGUAACCAGCAACCCCUAUCUGCUGGUGAAGAGAAAUCUUGUACGAAACCAUCACCAUCAAAAAAACGUUGUUCUGACAACACUGAAAUAGAAGUUUCUAACUUGGAAAAUGAACAGCCGGUUCAGUCAGCUUCUGCAAAACAUCGUUCUCCAAGUCCUGUGUCCACUCAGGCACAGCCGCUGGCUUCCGCUCCAGCCUGUGAUCCCGUGGCUGACGCGCCAUCCAUGCCAAGAGGGCAGAAUUCAAGAGGGGAAGCGGCUGCAGCCUCAUCAGUCAAAACACGAAUGCAAAAACUGGCAGCACAGCGGCGCCACUGGGAUAACAGUGACGUGACAGAUGAUGUCCCCGAAAGCUCAUUCAUGGCAGCAGUGCCGCCAGAGGAAAAGGCUGCCUCCCCUUCCAAACCGUCAGAGGCCUCAGCAACUCCACUUGGGAGGAGGGGCCGUCUGGCCAACCUUGCUGCAACCAUUUGCUCCUGGGAAGAUGAUGUAAACCACUCCGCAGCAAAGCAGAACACUGCACAGGGACGGCCUGGUACCACUUGUUUAUCCAAAUUUUCCUCUGCCAGUGGAGCAUCUGCUAGCAUCAAUAGCCGCAGUGUUGAGCCGGAAGCCACAGGCUGUUCCCAAAGGGACCGCGCUGCCUCUUUGAAGAAAGCCCCAUCCUCCAGUGAGGGGGCAGCUCUGGUUCAGGCUACACUUCUCAGCUCUGCGAAAGCUACUUCUUCCCCAGUCAAAUCGUCUGUAUCCAUCACUGAUGCUAAAAAUGGUGAGGUACAAAGUCCUGAGGUACUUCGAAAAACUCCGGUUAGUUCUCUGAAAACAGAGGUGUCAAAACCAAUUGGGAAGUCAACCGUAUCCCAGACAGUUCGGCCCAAAGAAGAAUUAAGUAGAGAAAUUUGUCUGCAUUCUCAAUCUAAAGACAAAUCUACAACACCAGGAGGAGCAGGAAUUAAGUCUUUCCUAGAACGCUUUGGAGAGCGUUGUCAAGAGCACAGCAAAGAAAGUCCAGCUCGUAACACACCCCAUAAAACCCCCAUUAUCACUCCAAAUACAAAGGCCAUCCAAGAAAGAUUAUUCAAGCAAAACACAUCUUCGUUGACUAGCCAUGUAGCCCAGCGGCUCAAGCAGGAACGUGAAAAAGAACUAGCAUGUCUUCGUGGCCGAUUUGACAAGGGCAAUUUAUGGAGUGCAGAAAAAGGCGAAAACUCAAAAAGCAAACAACUAGAAACCAAACAGGAAAUUCAUUGUCAGAGCACACCCCUCAAAAAACAUCAAGUUGUUUCAAAUAUUCCAUCACUUCCAGUAACGGAAAAGGUGACAAAAAAUCAGACACCAGCAAAACCUUCCAGAACAGAACCCACAGGUGUCACUGAAUGUGAAAUGAUGAAGUCUAGCCCUUUGAAAAUAACACUGUUUUUAGAAGAGGAAAAGUCUUUAAAAGUAACAUCAGACCCAAAGGUUGAGCAGCAGACAGAAGUGGUACGUGAGAUUGAGAUGAGCGUGGAUGAUGAUCAUGAUAUCAAUAGUUCAAAAGUAAUUAAUGACAUCUUCAGUGAUGUCCUAGAGGAAAGUGAACUAGAGGUGGAAAAGAGCCAGGAGGAGACGGAUCAAGCAGAAGCAGAAAGCAAUGAAGAACAGGAAGAUGGACUGAAUAUCUCCUCAAUGUCUUUACUUGCUCCGUUAGCACAGACCGUGGGUGUGGUAAGUCCAGAGAGUUUAGUUUCCUCACCUCGAUUGGAAUUGAAAGACACUAGCACAAGUGAUCAGAGUCCAAAACCAGGAAAAUUCCAGAGAACCCGUGUCCCUCGGGCUGAGUCUGGUGACAGCAUUGGUUCUGAGGAUCGUGACCUUCUGUAUAGCAUUGAUGCAUACAGAUCACAAAGAAUCAAAGAAGUAGACCGUCCUUCAAUAAAGCAGGUGAUUGUUCGGAAGGAAGAUGUUACUUCAAAAUUGGAGGGGAAAAAGAAUGCCGAAGAAAAAAAUUCCUUUCCUCGUCAAGUGAAUAUCAAACAGAAAAUGCAGGAACUCAAUAAUGAAAUAAAUUUGCAACAGACAGUGAUUUAUCAAGCUAGCCAGGCUCUUAACUGCUGUGUUGAUGAAGAGCAUGGGAAAGGGUCAUUAGAAGAAGCUGAGGCAGAAAGACUUCUCCUGAUUGCAACUGAGAAGAGAACGCUUUUGAUGGAUGACUUGAAUAAGCUGAAGAAUGAAGGGCCUCAGAGGAAGAAUAAGGCUGGUCCCAUAUCCCAAAGUGAAUUUGUCCCAUCCAAAGGAUCAGUGACUUUGUCAGAAAUCCGCUUGCCUCUAAAAGCUGAUUUUGUCUGCAGCACAGUUCAGAAGCCAGAUGCAGCAAAUUACUAUUUCUUAAUUAUACUGAAAGCAGGAGCUGAAAAUAUGGUGGCCACGCCAUUAGCAAGCACUUCAAAUUCUCUUAACGGUGAUGCUCUGACAUUCUCUACUACAUUUACUCUGCAAGAUGUGUCCAAUGACUUUGAAAUAAAUGUUGAAGUUUAUAGCUUGGUGCAAAAGAAAGACCCCUCAGUCCUUGACAAGAAGAAAAAGGCGUACAAAUCCAAGUCUAUUACUCCAAAACGACUUCUCACAUCUAUAACCACAAAAAGCACCCUUCAUUCUUCAGUUAUGGCCAGUCCGGGAGGUCUCAAUGCUGUGCGCACCAGCAACUUUGCCCUCGUCGGCUCGUACACACUGUCCUUAUCUUCAGUAGGAAACACUAAAUUUGCUCUGGACAAGGUGCCCUUUUUAUCUCCUUUGGAAGGUCAUAUUUAUUUAAAAAUAAAAUGUCAAGUGAAUUCAAGUAUUGAAGAAAGAGGUUUUCUGACCAUAUUUGAAGAUGUUAGUGGUUUUGGUGCCUGGCAUCGAAGAUGGUGUGUUCUUUCUGGAAACUGUAUCUCUUAUUGGACUUACCCAGAUGAUGAGAGACGGAAGAAUCCCUUAGGAAGGAUAAAUCUGGCCAAUUGUACCAGUCGUCAGAUAGAACCAGCCAACAGAGAAUUUUGUGCAAGACGCAACACUUUUGAAUUAAUUACUGUUCGACCACAAAGAGAAGAUGACCGAGAGACUCUUGUCAGCCAAUGCAGGGACACGCUCUGUGUCACCAAGAACUGGCUGUCUGCAGAUACCAAGGAAGAGCGGGAUCUCUGGAUGCAAAAACUUAAUCAAGUUCUUGUUGAUAUUCGCCUCUGGCAACCUGAGGCUUGCUACAAACCUAUUGGGAAGCCCUAAACUGGGAAGUUUCCAUAUCGUUUAGAUGUUUUUUUUUGAGCUUUGUUAUAAAUGUAUCUUAAGAGCAUCAGAUACACUGAUUACAUUUUAUGCUUUAAAUAUACAAAAGGGUAUGUGCCAAUAUUCACUACAUAUUAUGCAGUAUUUCUGUCUUUUGUAUGCAAAACUUCAACUGAUUUCUUUCAUUCAUUGGAAGAACAUUCAGUGUAGUCUAUAUUGCUAAAUCUUAAUUUCAAAGACUCAGUUUCCCAGAAAUCUAAUUAUUAAGCUAUGCAUGAUAAUUUUUUUUUUCUUUAAGUAAAACACUUUAAGUUGUGUUGGGGCUGUGGUUCUCAAAGUAGAAAGGUCUCCCAGGGAAGAAACCUCUGACGAGGUCAUUCUUUCUCUAGCCUCAGUGCUUUUUCUCUAAAGGUUGUGGUCCUUUAUUGAUCUUGAUGUCUUAUUACUAGAGUGCUGAAAAAAUGUCGAAGGGGUUUUAUGGAAACAUUUUUAGUAACGGAGGUAAGAACUUUUUCAAUAGCAAGUGUACAUUAGGUUAAAGCUUGAGGCUACUUUCGAACAGCAGAUGUGGACUUGGGAUAUUGUGUGAGAUUUGGGGGUUAAAUGUUUUAUUUAGGAGAUGUAAUGAUCACAGGGUUUACAUGUACUCAGUUACUAUAGAUGCUGUGUGGUGCACAUUUCCAUAGAGUAUAGGCUUUUUAAAAUAAUUAUUUUUGCUGUAUAGCUUACAGACUCCUCAAAUAUACUUGGCAUAUUAGUUCUUUCUAUUCCUCUAACAAGAGCAAGUGUAAAUUGAAGAAUCUUUAUAUAAAAAAAGUAAACUUUACAAGCUGCUAUGGACUAAUACUUUGCUUGCCAAAGUUCUUGCCUUUUUUACUUUUCACAUCCAUCUAUGACAGUGUUUAGAAAUCCGUUACAAAAUCAUUUGAAAAACUAUUAAGUAAUGUAUUACCUUUAAAAGCUUAAUACUUUAUAUUUUUUGUUAUAAAAUAUUGUAAAGCAUGGUCUCAACUUUUAAAUACACUUUGAAUUUCUUCUCUGCGUUGUUAAAGUUAUUGAUCUCAUUUAUAAACACUAAAUUCUGUCACCUGUCAUUUUUUUAUCAUUUAAAU